AACCAAGGCCAUUUUGACAUUUCAUUACACUUUUAAGUUUUAAGAUUUACCUUUGCAUCAUAAAUAAAUAAGCCAUCUGCUUUUUAUUUAGUUUUUCUCCAUUUAUCGGCAGGAAAUUCACUAAAAAAUGGCUUCAAUUAAAAAACUUCUAGUGUUACUUUUAUCGCUCAUAACUUUUGUGUACUCAUUCUAUGUAAUCGGCAAAUUAAUGAUGUUUUUAUCACAACCCAAAAGUAUACCCACAAUGUAUACUUGGGUAUUUAAUUUAUUGGAUAAUCAAUCACGAAUUGCAACAGCCUUCCCCGCCCUUGUGUGGAACACUCUUUACAUAAUUGCAUUUAUCUUCCAACAUAGUUUUAUGAAAUCUGCAUUUAUAAAAAACAUUAUUCAAAAUAUUGGUUUGGGUGUUGCAGAGCGUUCUAUUUAUAGUCUGACGUCAUCGCUGUGUUUACAUUACAUGAUCAAAAAUUGGAACUACGCCCAGUCCAUCGUCUUAUGGCAAAUUGAUGUUACGUCGAGUAAUGUCCUUUGGUGGACAUUUAUGUUGAUUCAUGGAUUUGCAUGGAUGGUCAUCUAUGGAGGAAGCAUCAUUAUGGAUUUACCUGAAAUUCUAGGAAUUAAACAAGCCUAUUAUGACUUAAAAGACUAUGCACCUCCCAUGGCGUAUAAAUCCUUUGAACUGAGGCAUUUGUAUUCGCAUGUUCGUCAUCCAUCGUUUGCCGGACUAACAACAAUUUUAUGGGCUGUUAAUUUGAUGACCAUCGAUCGACUUGUUUUAGCUUCUCUAUUGACUACUUACAUGUAUGUGGCUUGGUCGACUGAUCACAACGACAUUAUCUAUCAGAAAUGUCAACUUAAGCGAAAAUCUAAUGAACUUAAAUGCAAUUUUCAUUAAAAAUUAAACCUUAUCAAAUAUGAAAUCUCAUCAUAAGUUUAAAUUCAGAUUAGUUAUUAGAAUAAAAUGUUUUGAUUAAUAAAUGGAACAAUGAAAAAAAAAUCUCAA